AUGUGAAGAGGUCAACCACCAGUCCAUCAAACUGACUUAGGAUGAGUAAGGAUCGUCGCUUUAAUGAUGAAAUUGACAAACUGACUGGAUACAAGACAAAAUCAUUGUUGUGCACGCCCAUUAGAAACAGUGAUGGAGAAAUUAUUGGUGUCGCCCAAGCGAUAAAUAAGACGCCUGGAGGUGCCCCUUUUACAGAUGAUGAUGAAAAAGUGAUGCAGAUGUAUCUCCCAUUCUGUGGAAUUGCCAUAUCUAAUGCCCAGCUAUUUGCUGCUUCAAGAAAGGAAUAUGACAGAAGCAGAGCUUUGCUGGAGGUGGUUAAUGAUCUCUUUGAAGAACAGACAGACUUAGAGAAAAUUGUCAAGAAAAUCAUGCACCGGGCCCAGACUCUGUUGAAGUGUGAACGCUGCUCAGUGUUACUUCUGGAGGACAUUGAAUCACCAGUGGUGAAAUUUACAAAAUCAUUUGAGCUGAUGUCUCCAAAAUGCAGUGCCGAUACUGAGAACAGUUUCAAAGACAGUAUGGAGAAAUCAUCAUCUUAUUCUGACUGGCUAAUAAAUAAUAGCAUUGCUGAGCUAGUAGCUUCUACGGGUCUUCCAGUGAACAUCAGUGAUGCAUAUCAGGAUCCUCGCUUUGAUGCUGAAGCUGACCAGAUUUCUGGUUUUCAUAUAAGGUCUGUUCUUUGUGUUCCUAUAUGGAAUAGCAAUCACCAGAUAAUUGGCGUAGCUCAAGUGCUGAAUAGGCUUGAUGGGAAGCCUUUUGAUGAUGCCGAUCAGAGACUAUUUGAGGCUUUUGUUAUUUUUUGUGGCCUGGGUAUCAACAACACAAUAAUGUAUGACCAGGUGAAAAAAUCAUGGGCAAAACAAUCUGUGGCUCUUGAUGUACUGUCUUACCAUGCAACGUGUUCAAAGGCAGAAGUUGACAAAUUUAAGGCAGCAAACAUCCCACUGGCAUCAGAACUUGGCAUCGAUGACAUCCAUUUUGAUGACUUUUCACUUGAUGUGGAUGCCAUGAUUACUGCAGCCCUCCGCAUGUUCAUGGAGCUUGGAAUGGUUCAGAAAUUUAAAAUUGACUAUGAGACAUUGUGUAGGUGGCUUUUGACAGUUAGGAAGAAUUAUCGAAUGGUUCUGUAUCACAACUGGAGGCAUGCUUUCAACGUGUGCCAGCUGAUGUUUGCAAUGUUAACUACAGCAGGAUUUCAGGAGAUUCUGACUGAAAUUGAAAUUUUAGCUUUGAUUGUGGGAUGUUUAUGUCAUGACCUUGACCACAGGGGAACCAACAAUGCCUUCCAAGCCAAGAGUGGAUCAGCUUUGGCUCAGCUUUAUGGAACCUCUGCUACCUUGGAACACCAUCAUUUUAAUCAUGCUGUCAUGAUUCUUCAAAGUGAGGGUCACAACAUCUUUGCUAACUUGUCCUCCAAGGACUAUAGUGACCUUAUGCAGCUUCUGAAGCAGUCAAUACUGGCAACAGACCUCACUCUGUAUUUUGAGAGGAGGACUGCAUUUUUUGAACUUGUCAGUAAAGGUGACUAUGAUUGGAAUGUCAAAAGCUACCGUGAAAUAUUUCAAUCAAUGCUAAUGACAGCCUGUGACCUUGGAGCUGUGACCAAACCGUGGGAGAUUUCAAGACAGGCAGCUGAACUGGUAACCAGCGAGUUCUUCGAGCAAGGAGACAGAGAGAGAUCUGAACUCAAACUAACCCCUUCAGCUAUUUUUGAUCGGAACAGAAAAGAUGAACUGCCCAGGCUGCAGCUGGAAUGGAUUGAUAGCAUCUGCAUGCCCUUAUACGAGUCUCUAGUAAAGCUGAACAUGAAGCUGAAGCCCAUGCUGGAUUCAGUGGCAACAAACAGAAGUAAAUGGGAGGAACUGCACCAAAAAAGACUUCUCUCUCAAGCAGCAGCCUCCUCUUCCUCCUCUUCCAGCUUUACUGUGUCUCUUGAAGACAUAAAUUAAGCCUGCAAAUGCCAGCCAUUGUGGUGCUGAGAGCUGUCUGAAAGGCUUUCUUUAGCUUAGUUCCAUCAAUUGGAAAAAAACUUAAAACUUUCACAGACAUACUUAAUUGACUGGAUGUUAUCUUGAUGACAGUGGUUGCUUUUGCCUGGACAUUCAGUGGGCCCGGAAAGAAGGCCUAUGUUGAUUAGGGUUAUGUUGAUAUCAAGUCACAGGGAAGCUAUAGUACAAGAAGCAUUCAUUCAGCUCCACUACCUUUCAGCUGCGGCUGUAAAAAUCACACAAAGCUGACUAUGGACUGAGAUACAAGAACUUACAGCUUCAUAAAAUUAAUAAUACAGAACAGAAAGGGAAUGCGCAUUGGUCAAUUCAUAUGCAAGGAACUGGAGGAGAAGAGAAUAGUGUGUAAUUACCUUGUUGUUUUGCAUCUCUCUGGUGUUCAUUAUGAACCAAUAAUGCCUGCAAUUGUGAAGUUUCUCUCUUACUCUUUCCUCCUCUUUUAUGCUUGAAUGUUCUGAAAAGCCUGCUUUAUAUUCUACAGAAGUAUUUUUUUACAACAAAGUUCCUUGUUGAUUGAUCAGGACCUUUAGAAUUGCCUCUCUUUGCUACCUUUAAAAACAAACUUUAUUAUCUUGAAAAAUAUCAACUGUCCCAGCUCUCCUAAGAAAUUAAGAAUAACAGUUCUGUAAAUUACCCAGCAAGUAGGAAUUUGUGCAAAGGCAAAACUAUUGCAUGAUAAAUUUUUAGAAACACUCCUUUAAAAUAUUGUUACUUUGCACUGUCCCCUAAGUAAAGUACUAAUGGACGUUAACAAAAACAGGAUAAAAAGGAAAUCUGUUGCCUUGUGCUACAGAAGCUGUGUUGCAGAGUGCACCGUGGAUAUGCCUUUCUGAUAUAAUUUCUAAAUGAAAUGAAUAUUUUAACUGUUACCCAACAGAAAUGGUGGAGAAAUGUGUACCAUCAUGCUGAACACUGACUGCCUCUUCUUUCUCUUGCCAGCUGCUGCUUGCUUAAAAUUUAAGUCAACGUCCUGUUACAGUUACUGGAAAGCAAGUCAACAAUCACAUGCACAUAUAUGGGAUAGAGUUGUUUGUAACACUUUAAUCAAACAUCAUAGGUCAAGAAGCCAAAUGUCAAGUUCUCACUAAUAUUAUGUGACCUCUCCGUUAUGGCAGAGAUUGCUGGCAACCUAUGAUUUGAGGCUGUGCACGCCAUUCUGAGCACCUGAAUACCUGAGGACCCAUAUUAAAAUACUUAGGACUUGACACACAGAAAAUUGUUCCAUUCAAAAAAGAAAUAAAAAAACAAACAUACUAAUGGCCCACUCUUUUGGCCAUUAGUUCCUGAAGUUCCUGAAGAAAGUUAUUUAGAAAAUAGGAAUGCCCACAGGCACUCACAUAAGAAAUGAAAGCCAGAUUCAGAGCUCAGUUAUACCUGCAUAUACCAGAAACGCUACACUGACUUUGGUACAAUUGCUCUGGACUGGCAGAAUCUAGCCCAUAUGACUUGAUGUGCAAAAGAUCUCAGUCCCCAACACAAUGUCUCCCAUCCAGGCAUUUAUGGCUUGUGUAUACUAAGCACUUUCUAGAAAGCUGACCAAUGCUGUGUAAUUGAUAAUUAAACAAAUGAGAACUUAUUUAAAAGCUCUGUGGUGCUACUAAUUUGUGUAGACAGCAUACAUGGGAGAUUCCAGAACCACUGCAAAAUCUAAGCUACUGAAUCAUAGUAGUCUUUUCUACCAAAGAGAAAUGGGGAAGGGGAGAAAUCUAUGAAUACAAGCACUGUUUGAACUUGUUUCUAUUACCAUUCUCCUUCCACAAUAAAUAUAGAGCUGGGAUAGUCUACUGCAAGCUUGUAUAAAACUUAUUUAUAUAAUGCAUGCUUUAUGGGAAAAGCAGACAUCAUGAUCGACAUAGUACUGUUGGCAGCUUCACAGAGCUUUCCUGAAUUUUGAUAUUGCAUAUCGCUAAAUAUAACAUAAUUUAUAGUACACAUACCCUACAGCUCCUCCAAGGUUGAGUUCUCUUAUUUCCUUUCCUUUUUAUUGGCUUCAGUGCACUGUUGCCCCUAGCAACACUCACUGGCAGUGAUGGGAAUUCAGCAUUACUGCAACCUGACAUACAGUUGAGGCCCUAACAAUGUCAACCAUCAAUCAGUUGGCUGCUUAUAAUUGCCUCCAUCUAUUUCUCCUGUCUUGUGGUAUCCUUCCUAUUGUGGGUCAAAAUUCAGAAACUGCUGACUAAUGUUACGAUUCUGUUCCUCUGUUGCAAAAAAGGGAAUAAAAGAGCGCAUGCUUAGAUCCUCCUGCAAUUCUCUUCUCAGGAAACAAAAAACCUCUGCUGAAACCAGUAGAUUGUACUGGUGUGUCUGAAAAUAGAAUUUGGCCUCCACUGUUUUUUUAAACUUCAAUUUAAAAAGGCUUCAGUGUGUUUCCUUAGGGAAGCACACGUACAUACAUUUCUUACCAUUAAAGUAUUCGUGUUUUUGAAGCAAGGGAACAUUCUGUACAGAAAUAAUGUGUCAUAUUGUUUCUCACAAUUAGGAUGGUAGCGGGUACACCUUUGUCCCUGUUUGUCAGAUUCAUUUAUACAGAUUUUGGCAACUGUUCAUUGUUUUGGUGCAAAAGCAGCUUUUCUUGAGGGAAUGAAGUAUUUUUCCAGAACUUUGAGCCAUUUUGUAAACCUAUUCCAGUAAAGACUGUAAUGAAGUCACUGUAAAACACAGUCUAAGCUCAAAUUCUGCUCUGCUCAUUACUCUGCCCUUUGAACAGGCAGAGAUUACCUGGCACAGAAAUCACAUUGGUUCUGCUGCACGAGUGGGAAAGACAGGAUUUUUCACAUGAGAGGGUCUGUACUAGACAGACUACACUGUUAACCACACAGCAGAGCUACUCUGCUGGAGAUGCCCAAUGCACAGCUCAGUAUUCAGUCUGGUAAAUAGGAGGAUCUUCAGUCAUUCGUCCGUUCCUUGCCUUCCGUGGAAUUUUUGCCUAAAGUGAUAACUAACAUUUGUCUAUAUUUGUGGCCCAAUAUUA